GGCAGCGCCAACGGCCCAAAUCUACUAACUUGUAAUUAAAUAAAAAUAAAAACAAUACAGCAAUGAAAAUCUCGCGCUUUAAAAAGUCGCACAAGACGCUAGUGUAUUUUGCGAAUAACUUUGACUAUCGCGAACCUUACCAGGUGCUAAUUGACGCCACGUUCUGUCAAGCGGCGCUACAGCACAAAAUUGGCAUUGAAGAACAGAUUCGAAAGUAUUUCCAGUGUAACGUGAAGCUGCUAACGACACAAUGCAUUAUAUUGGAGGCUGAGGCACUUGGAGCACCUUUAACAGGUGCCACAACAAUCGUCAAACAGUUCCACGUGCAUAAGUGUGGACACGAGGGGAAACCCGUCGCGGCAGCGGAGUGCAUUAAAUCGAUGACAAAGGACAAUCGCUACAUUGUCGCUUCACAAGAUCGGCUGCUGCAGGGGAGUCUGCGCAAGAUUCCCGGACGUUGUCUGCUUUAUCUGCACAAGGCGACGCCUGUACUCGAAGCUCCCUCAGCAGCAUCCAAGAAAAUGGUACAAAAACGUGCAAAGAACCUCAUGCUCGGCAAGCAGGUGGACAAAAUUGAGUACAUGAAAGAGAAACAAGGCUUGAAGGCAACUGAAGCGCCCGUCAAAAGGAAUACAACAAAAGGACCAAAGAAUCCAAAUCCGCUUUCCUGCAAAAAGAGCAAAAAACAAAAGCAAAUCCCACAACUUCAUGGAGUACAGGAGACAAACAUUGUCAAGGCCAAGAGAAAACGAGUUAAAAUCUCAGCUCACGUUAAAGCGGAGCAACUAAAAGCCUAAAAUGUCAUGUUAAUUAGUUAAUAAAAUAAAAUUCAAAUGUAAAAUUGUACCACAGCA